AUUGCCGUCACUGGUGCGGCCUCAGGCAUGAGCUUUGCUGUAGCACAGCUAUUUGCAUCACGUGGAGCUUUCAUCUCACUUGCGGACAUCAACGAAACCGCUCUGAAGCCAGCAAUUGAACCUUUAACAGGUAGCACGCAACAAAUGGUCACGGUUGUGGACGUGUGUAGCGGCGAACAGGUCGACAAGUGGAUCGAGUCGACGAUGCAGAAAUACGGUACGUUUGACGGUGCUGUCAACAUGGCAGGUAUCAUUACAAAGACGACCCCAAUCACUGAGUUGACAGAUGCGGAUUGGGAUUUCUCGUUCAUGGUCAAUACCGAGAGUGUGUUCAACUGCUUGGGAGCUCAGCUGAGGGCUAUGAAAGAAGGUGCAAGUAUGGAUUCUGCAGCUAUCAUCUUUGGCCAGUUCGGCGCGCCUGGCAACGCUGCGUACUGCGCGAGCCAAGCGGCUGUCAUCAGCUUAUCUCGCACUGCUGCGAAAGAGAACCAAAAGAUCAGAGUGAAUUUUGUUGCGCCAGGUAAGACAGGAACCAUAUUCUCCGUCAACACAUCAAUGUCUCAGGGCGAGGAGCCGGAGGAUGUAAAGAGAGGCUUGCCGAUUACUGCACAGGAAAGGGGGGCUGAACCAAUUGAAGUAGCUAACGUCAUUGCGUUCCUUCUAAGCGACGAGAUGAGCUUUGUGACGAGUGCAGUCCACAAUAUUGAUGGUGGUUGGGUAUGUUGA